AUGGAGCUGCUGAUCAUCGCAAUGCUGGUAGUCGGGGCAGCCGCAGCCUCAGACCCAGAGAUAAGCAGGAUCAUUGGGGGGAGAAACUGCGACUUUGGCUCGCGGCCCUACCAGGUGGCUCUCCUGAGGAACAGACGUGUCAUCUGUGGUGGGAGCCUGAUAGCCCGGAAGUGGGUGCUGACUGCUGCGCACUGCGGCAGACGAGGGAUCAGCUCCCUGCGGGUGCAUCUGGGGGAUUAUAAUGUAAGGGUGAAAGAACCCACAGAACAGAUACGAAGAAUCCACAACUUCUUUGUGCACCCCGAAUAUAACUUCUUGCCUUUUGACAACGACUUCAUGCUUCUGGAGCUGGAUGAGCCCGCUCAACUUAACCGCUAUGUGAACACGAUCAAGUUGGCUACCCGUUGUCCCUUUCCUGGAACACGAUGCAGUGUGUCGGGAUGGGGCACCAUCAAGUCCCCCCAAAGGCAGUUCCCAGCCAUCCUGCAGUGUGCAGAUCUCUAUAGCGUCAGCCAGGCCAGGUGCCAGGACGUUUACUGGGGCCUGAUCACGGAGAACAUGUUCUGUGCUGGUGUGGAACAGGGCGGCAUAAGCACGUGCAAGGGGGAUUCAGGAGGCCCACUGGUCUGCAAUGGGCGGCUGCAGGGCGUGGUCUCCUGGGGGAAGUCUGUCUGUGCCCUGCCGGGACAGCCCAGAGUCUUUGCCAAUGUCUGCAAAGCUGCCCAGUGGGUGAAGAACACCAUAAGGAGGCAGUGCGCCAGAUUGGACUGA